AUGCCCAUUAGUUUGUAUAUCCGAGUUCUCGAGGCGCGUGGUCUUCCUAUCAUUGAUCGAAAACGAAAAACAACGGAUUGCUUUGUGGAAGUGAGUUUAAUUGAAGAGCCGCAUGUCACAAAAGUGAUCGAAAAUAGUCUAAAUCCAAAGUGGGAAAAUGAGUCGUGGAGUUGGGAUAUUGAGGAAGAAAGCAAUCUCCAGGACGUUCCCCUCAUAUUUAAAGUGAUGGAUCACGACACUUAUAGCGCGGGAUCGCUAAUCGGAACAGUAGUCAUUGAUCUAAACACAAUGGUGAUGCGUUCCGAUUAUGAUAACUCGCUCAGUCCCUACUUUGAUGGUUGGAUGCCAAUUUACGAUACAAUGGAGGGCAUUCGAGGCGAGCUCUAUAUUACCGUGAGUUCAGAAGCAAAAGUUGAUAGGAAUCAAUCUGAAGAAGGUUCUCCGGGUAUUUUCAUUUUUGCGAGUAGCAGUCCGGAUAUCGCAGAAUACCGAAUGAUGAGUAUUCUCGGUUUUGUGGAAGCAUUGGUUGUGGAUGUGGACCCUGAAUUCGAGUUCGAAGAUCGAUUCCGAUCCUCCCAAAAAAGUAACGAAAAGCGUCAAAAGCAGCUCUAUCACUUAUCAAUGCAGCUUCGUCGUCAAGUCGGUAAGCAGGCGCAGAAGCGAGGCGCCAAUGCCGUGUUUGGCUACCAGCAAUUCUUCGAUAUGGAAGGAGACUCGGGUAUUGUUGGCCGCGCGUAUGGAACGGCCUGCAUGUUUGCUUGCUGA